GACAUCAACUGCCUAGAAUAGGCCAUCUCAAAGGGUAAAGGAUGAGCGUAUGUACAUCCAGUGCAAUGAUCUCAAAUGUCCAGCAUGGUGCUGAAAAUAUAACAUCAAUGUCAAUCUACAGCUCAUGACUAGCUGUUAGUAAGUAAGAUUCUGUACACUUGACUGUUCUAUUGUGCAGCAAGUGCUUGGUGCUAGUAAUAGUUGAAAGUUUACAUAUCAGGACGCUUUCGCAAGGUUUUGUUUGAUGAUGUUUUCAUGUGAUAGCGAUGUAUCGCUUAUUAGCUCGGCUUGAGCCUGGAUGUUAUUCUGGAGCUAUCGGGCGUGACUGGCUUCUUAGUCCGAUAUUUCGUGUACCUUAAUGCAGCAAUAUGUAAGAUUCACAAAGCAGUAGGAAGUUCCAGUUUUUUAUGGCAGGGAUUUGUUCCCAUCUUGCAAACCAAUUAUCAACCCAAAUUAUGAAGAACAAAGCGACAAGAUUGAGACAAAAUACAAGAACUUCUCUGAACCAGAUCAAGAGUAAAUCGUCCGAUGCGAGGGCUUUGCUGAUGAAAUAUCUCAAAAACAAGAUUUGGCUACUACACAGAACAAAGCACGCUCACUCUCCUACUCAAGAUAGCUCAUCCCGACUGACUAUUUGGUGUGUACUUAAAUGGACUCAAAUCCCGAUUAAUGAUUUGUCACAGUUGAUAAGUACAACCAAUUCUGCUUGAUCAAUGAACAAUUUUGACCUUCCAUAAGCUGCUUUGCAUGUGCGCGUUAUGCAUACUAAACAUCACAUGUUUUGUCAAGCUAGCUGUCAAUUGUGCUGGGGAUCUUUGAAAUGGCCCGAGACCUUGCCAGAUAUACGUGUUAGGGUUGUUCCAGUCUUAAGUCAAACAUCUUGUAACCGUGUCACAAAUGAACAACCUGUAACACUGAUGGACGUGAAGUGUGUUGGGGAUAAUCAAAUUACAUUACAGUAUGUCUGUAAGCGUUCUAGUAAGUAUUGUGAAUAAUGAAUAUUAUAUUACAAUUAUCGACAGGAAGUCACGUUUAAAAUCCCUUCUAUAAGCAUUGUGAAUUGGUCAAGCUGUCGGUCCGUUGUGGAAGCUUAUAAGGUAUAUAGCAUUCCAGUAUGUGUCCCAGGUGAAUUUAACACAAUUACCUAAUAAAUUAUAUAGUAUUUUAUGUAUCCGCCUCUAGUUAAAUGCAAUAUAGAUUUGUCAUCUAAACAAGAGUACAAACGUAGACAUUUAGCAUGUUUAAUAUUUCAUGCACUGAAGAUAAGACUGAUAUGGUUUCUUUUGUAUCCACAUAAUACUAUAAUCUUCAAUGUCUUUAAUGCUGCCCCACCUGCAUCGUACCUAUCUUCAUGUUGGACCAAGUAAUUUGCGAAAGACGUUUGGCCCUCUGAUGGAUCAAAAUCAAGAAUUUUAAACGUACAUAUCAGGAGAUACUUAAAUAGCGAAAUAAAGAAUUGAAAAAAAUUCAGGAGAACAUUUUAUCUCUUUAUACAAAAUAACAUAAACGCUGAAGUCAGUACUACUGUUUACUGCUAGAUGUUAUAUAGAAACGGUAACUUCCUUUCCACUUUCGUAGAACAUUUCAGCUGAAAGCAGGGUCAGUCGAAGAAGUUUGACAAUACCACGAGUAUGGAUUUGUUUGACGUCACAUGCAGUACCAGGGCAGCUGUACGACAAUAUUGUACAUUGUCUUUUUCAUACCAAAGACACACACUGGACAUUGUCGUUUGUAUACCAGAGACACAUAUUGUACAUUGUCUGUUCAUAUCAGAGACACACACACUGUACAUUCAUUGUCUGAUCUUUUUCAUACCAGAGACACACACUGUACAUUCAUUGUUUGAUCUUUUUCAUAUCAGAGACAUACACUGUACAUUGUCUUUUUCAUAUCAGAGACACACACACUGUACAUUCACUGUCUUUUUCAUAUCAGAGACACAAACACUGUACAUUCAUUGUCUUUUUCAUACCAGAGACACACACUGUACAUUGUCUUUUUCAUAUCAGAGACAGACACUGUACAUUCAUUGUCUUUUUCAUAUCAGAGACACACACACUGUACAUUCAUUGUCUGAUCUUUUUCCUACCAGAGACAUACGCUGUACAUUGUCUUUUUCAUAUCAGAAACACACACACUCCACAUUCACUGUCUUUUUCAUAUCAGAGACACACACUGUACAUUGUCUUUUUCAUAUCAGAGACACACACACUGUACACUCAUUGUCUGAUCUUUUUCCUACCAGAGACAUACACUGUACAUUGUCUUUUUCAUAUCAGAAACACACACACUGUACAUUCACUGUCUUUUUCAUAUCAGAGACACAAACACUGUACAUUCACUGUCUUUUUCAUAUCAGAGACACACACUGUACAUUGUCUUUUUCAUAUCAGAGACACACACUGUACAUUCACUGUCUUUUUCAUAUCAGAGACACAAACACUGUACAUUCAUUGUCUUUUUCAUACCAGAGACACAGACUGUACAUUGUCUUUUUCAUAUCAGAGACAGACACUGUACAUUCAUUGUCUUUUUCAUAUCAGAGACACACACACUGUACAUUCAUUGUCUGAUCUUUUUCAUACCAGAGACACACACUGUACAUACAUUGUCUGAUCUUUUUUCUACAUGAGACAGACACUGUACAUUGUCUUUUUCAUACCAGAGACACACACUGGACAUUCAUUGUCUGAUCUUUUUCAUACCAGAGACACACACUGUACAUUCAUUGUCUG